CUACAUGUGCCGGUACCCAUAAGAAUGAAACGAUUAAUCUAUAUUGUCUAAUUCUAAACAUACUCUUUAGAAUCUCAUACAAUACAUCUUGCCAUGAUGUUGAUUUACCACUUAACAAACUUACUAAUACAGAAUAUGAGUCCGUACAUAUUACUGUAUUAAUGGCUGAAUUUCCUCCACCCAUUGAAAAGCCAUCAUAAUUGCUAUCAUUUCUGUUGUAUAAACAGAUAAAUGGUCACUUGUCCUUUUAGCAAUUCUGGUCUUAAAAUGGGGAAUGAAUACCGAAGCCGCUGUACAACCGGAUUCAGGGUCUUUAGAUCCAUCCGUAAAAAUGGUAAUCUCCUGACAAUAUUGCUGAUCCAGAUACUGUUGCGUCAUCUCGUCCUUAGGUACCAAUCCCUCAUUAUCUUUCAUUUUUUCCAGUAGCUGCAAGUCAACUAUUGGCAUAGGAAAUAACCAAAGAGGAGUUAUUGGAAUUGCCACUGUAGUACUGACAUCAAUUCUUGUCAGUCUCAUGUCCUGGGCCUCUUUUUGCACAUACCAUCUAAAACUUGUGUUAUCUUGUUUUUGUUCCCAGCACUCUUCUAAUAUCUUUUAAGCUGGAUGGAUUUCAUAAUGUCCUUUUAAAGAUGUCCAAUAUGCUGUAGCCCACUUGAGUCUAUGGAUUCCCAUUGGCAUCUCUCCCAUCUCUACCUGUAUAGCUGAUAUAGGAGAGGUUCUAAAAGCACCACAACAUACACGCAAGGCUUUUGCAUGAAUAACAUCCACCUUUUUUAAUAAAUUUGCUGAUGCAUAUCUGUAUACUAUACUCCCAUAAUCAAUUGUUGAUCUUAUAAGUGCACAAUCUAUGUUCCUUAAUGCAUAGCGUCUAGCACCCCAUUCCACUCCUGCUAAGCACCUCAUUACAUUUCUUUCUUUCUUAUACUUAUCAAUUAACUUCUGUAUAUGUUCAGCAAAUGUCAAUUUCGUAUCCAACCACACUCCUAAAAAUAUCAUAUUUGAGACCUGUUCUAACACUUAUGGUGGCCUCACAGCAGAAGGUAAACACGCUGGAGCCUGUGCAUAAAUGUCUAAUAGGAGAUGGAACUUGUCGGAGAGUCUGCAUAAUGUGGCCGAUCCUAGGGUACUGGAACUCCCCGUAUGAUCAUAUUGUGCCCGGUUCUCAAAGCAGUCACAACCCCCUCAUCCUUGUUUUCCACAGAUUAAAAAAAAAUGUCAUACUGCUUAAGAAAGACAUCAUAUUUUCACUACAAGCCCAUUAAAUGAGUUCCUCAAAAAAGUCAUGUGAUUUUCAAAACAUUCCACAUUUAUGAAAGUAACUGAUCCAGAGUUAUGAAAUUAAUGAAAGUAGCAGAAUAGUUCCUGUCUUUUGAUAGAGGGAAGACAGCAGUUCUACUAAUCACAGCACACAUUAGCAAGAGGUUCAUUGCCUCUUGUUGGUUGUCUGCUGACACUGAUGGCAUGAUGGAAUCGGAGAACAUUUAUCAAAAUGCUGAAGCCAUAAACUGCAUCAAGUCCAGUGAGAGAGACCCGAAAACAGAAGAUCUGUAUGCCAAUGAGGACACUUUCAUCCAGACUGAAGCAAAAGCUCAAAAUCAUGGAGGAAGUGGACGUUUUAUGCUGAGCACUGUGUUUUUUGGGCUCAUUUGUGUUUUAUUGGUGGUCGGCAUCAUAGUGCAACAUAACAAACUCACGAAAGAGCGAGAGCUGUUGAAUCUGAGUUAUACAAACAUAGUUAAAGAGUACAACCAAACUAUAAACAGGCUGCAGGUCAAUUACAGUGAUCAAACUAUUGAAAAAGACCAGUUACAGAGCAGAUUCAACUCUUUGAAUAAGAAGAAACUGCAGCUGGAGACUGAAAUAAAGAAGAAGAAUUCUCAAAAGGGCUGGUAUUUCAUAUCCAGUGAGGAGAAGAGCUGGUCGGACAGCAGACAGUUCUGCAGGGAUCAUGGUGGAGAUCUGCUCAUUAUCAACAGUGAAGAGGAACAGAGGCUCAUAUCUUCAUUCAAGCAGAAUGUGUGGAUUGGUUUGUCAGACAUCAAGCAAGAGGGUGACAUGAAAUGGGUGAAUAAUUCACCGCUGAAUGAAGGGUUUUGGAAAGAAAAUGAACCGAAUAACUUGGGUGGAAAUGAGGACUGUGUUGUUCUGGAUCCAGCAUUACCGGUCCUGAAGAACUGGAAUGAUCUUCUGUGCUCACAGAAGAGAAAAUGGAUUUUCAGUGAUAUAACUAUUGAACUAGAGCACAUACACAACAGCUAUUCGCAUCAGAACAAACUGGAGACCAAAGUCAAGUCUUCCAGUGAUGAAUUAAAGAAAAAAGAUUCUGAACGAGAUAUGAAGAGCUGGUCAGACAGCAGACAGUUCUGCAGGGAUCAUGGUGGAGAUCUGCUCAUUAUCAACAGUGAAGAGGAACAGAGGUACAUCACUUCAUUGAUCAAGCAGAGAGCGUGGAUCGGUUUGUCUGACAUCGAGAAAGAGGGCAACAUAAAAUGGGUGGACAAUACACCACUGAAUAAAGGAGCCAUAAGUGCGAGACGGACCACUAGUGGUAUUCAAAUGAAUGGGAGAGAUUGGAACGCCCAACGGUCAACGGAUGAAGAAAGGAAGUCCCGCCUUACAGUAGAUAGGAGCUGCACUAUCAUGACUGAAUAUAGCGUCUCGAGAGCGUUCCAAAGAUAGCCGCCGAGUGAACUGACUCGCUAGAGUGACUUUGCUUUGACCUAAUAAUGCAGAAACAAGGAUAUUUCUUCCAGCCCAGCA